UAUAACCGCAUAUCCACAUUUCAUCGCGAUAAACCCUUUCUCGGUAGCCUUCGAUGGCGUUAUCUGUUCUUCGAGCUAUGGGUUCCACAGCCCGCCUCUCUCUUCUUCACAGGCGCCUCUUCUCAUCCUCAACCACUCUUACACAUCCUCCUUCACCUCCGUCUCUCACUCUUUGCCGUCGAUCUCUCCCUCCACUUUCCCAUGCCGUUCGAUCUAACCCCUCUGCCUCCAGGUACACCUCGAUUCGUUGCCGCGUCAAUCGGACAGGUAACUCGUCGUACUCUCCCCAGAACUCUAACUCCAACUUCAGCGAUCGUCCACCCACUGAGAUGGCGCCUCUUUUCCCUGGCUGUGACUAUGAGCAUUGGCUCAUCGUUAUGGACAAGCCUGGAGGUGAGGGUGCCACUAAACAGCAGAUGAUUGAUUGCUACAUUCAGACCCUCGCUAAAGUUCUUGGCAGUGAAGAGGAAGCGAAGAAGAAGAUUUAUAAUGUUUCUUGUGAGCGGUAUUUUGGGUUUGGGUGUGAGAUUGAUGAAGAGACCUCCAACAAGCUCGAAGGUUUGCCUGGUGUUCUAUUUGUUCUACCCGAUUCUUACGUUGACCCUGAAAAUAAAGACUAUGGGGGUAAAGAUUUAUAACUUCAAUUUUUUUUUUUUUUUUUUUUCAUAAAAACCCAAUCAAAGAGUUCAUGAGAGAUAAUGGUCUUUAUCUCUAGAAGGACCAUCUUGGAUAAGCCGCUUUCAAGAAAUUGUCGGCUUUAAUUGAUGGCAUAUUUAUAGCUUUCUUUGGUACACUGACGCGCAUAAUCCUAUUCCAGUCUACAGUACACUGACCCGCAUUUGAACAUCCUGUGUUAUAAUAAUUUGUUCUAAUUUGUUCAAAAGUAUUGUUGUUGCGGUAAAUAUUGACGGUGAGAGCCUAUGUAAAAAAGUUAACGUAUGACCUUAAAGUCCAUCUUGGCAAAGCUAAUCCAGUUUCUUAGACAAUGUAUAGUUUUGAAUGCUAGUGGACUUGGAAUAAAUGUUACUCUUGAGUGUCCUGCAUUUCUUAUUAUUUCUGGAUAUGCAGGUCAGUAGAGAUUAACAUUAUCUAUGUUUAUCAUGCAUAGAUAUAUGUUCUUAAUUAAUAGUCCUUAAUAUUUUGUUCAUAUUUUAUGAAUAUUAUCACGACAUCUUAAGAAGUUAAGUCCAUCUUGGCAAAGCUAAAUCAGUCUUGUAGGCAAUGUUUAGUUUUGAAUGCUAAUGGACUCACAACAAAUGUCACUCUAGACUGUUCUGAACUUUAUGUAUUUUGUGGAGAUUCAGAUCAGUAGAGAUGAAACAUUGACUUUGCUUAUUGAUUGAAUUUAUUUGAAGUGUCAGUUUUUUUUCCCUGGACUUCGUUCCUACUUUAUUAGCUUUGUUUCGGUGGUGUGGUAAAGUGUUGAGGGAAUGAGAGUUUGCUCUUCAAUAGGUUUUAUUAAAUUCGUUUAUAGUCCAUCUUGGCAAAUCUAAAUUAGUCCUUUGGACAAUGUUUAGCUUUGAAUGCUAAUGGACUUACAUCAAAUGUCUCUCUUGACUCUUCUGUUCUCUUUAUACUUUGUGGGGAUACAGAUCCGUUAAGAUGAAACAUUACAAGGCCUGCUUACAAUGU